GAGGAGCCAUCGCGGAGCAAGCGGGAAAAUGAUGCAGGCCUGACCCGUACCGCCGUGCCGUUUCGCGCCGCCCUCUUUAGAACCGCACGAUGGCCGACGCGGGGCAGGCGGAGAAGCUGAUCUUCUACUACCUGCGCAAUGGGUGGUACCGGCGCGUGCAGGAGGUGGCCCUGGAGCAGGGCCGCGAGCUGUCCUUCUGGAAGGCCGUGGGGCUGUGGUGCGAGGGCAUGGAGGGGGUCGUUAACCGGGAGCGGGAGGCGAUCCGCGAGAUGCAGACGGCCGCGGAUACCGGGCCCCGGGUCUUCCAAUUCGCCGCCAACCGGGCGCUCGCCUACUUCCACGAGAACGCGCAGUAUCCCGACCUGGAGUGCGUGCGAAAGUUCGAAGCCCGGGCCGCGAACGAACCGGAGGACGACGAGGGGAAGACCAUUUGUGGCAUGUUCUACCUCUUCGUCGGCGCCCUCACCCGGGCGCGCGAACUUGCCGACAGCGUGUCCUCGAUGAACAACGCCAGCACCGCGAGCUUUGUGGCGUAUUGCCGGUACGAAGAGGGGCUCGCAAACGCCAGGAAAACCGCACAAACCGUGGCAAAGGACGGUACGAGUGGGUUUUGAUUGCAGAUUGUGAAAGCAGGAGCCUCGGCGGUAGCCUGCCCGCAAAAAACUGCACUUGAUCGGAGUCUUUUUCCUCAUACUAGCGACUACAGUGAGGUACAGCGUUAGAAGUGCGUGCCUUUCGUUCUUUUCAGGAGCAUGGCAAUGGCUUCUAUACUUGAAAAAUAUAUGAACUCUCUGGCAGUGUACCAAGAGUGUCUGCAGCUGCUGGAGAAACACGUAAUCGCCAGCACGACGCAGUCCGUGCAGCUUUCGCAAUUGGACGGCCUGAUGCUGAAGGCCAAGCUGAUGGAGGGCUCCAAGAACUGGGCUGCUGCGACGGAAUUUCUGAACCAAGCAAUCGUGUACUUCCCGUGGUUCACGCCUGCGGUGAUGGAACGUGCGCGAGUGUACGUGUCCUGCGGUGAUUGGGAGCAGGCACUCGAAACUUGUACCCGGUUGGAGGACGCAUCUUCGGGUGGCAGUAUCGACGCCCUCAAAAUACAACUGCUGUACCUUCUCGCACGGGGAAGCAUGCCAAGUAAGGUGGUGCGGAUUAAUAUUUUCUACCUCUCAACAUUCUGCUCGCUUCGUUCUUUACACAUGAUAAGUUUUUCAACAUCAUGCUGACAGAGUGGAUUCUACGCUGACGGAAAGUUGUUAUGCAAAAGUGCUACUGUCUUGAUCUUGAAUUAAUUCUAGGCGGCUCCGAGCACGGGCCACGCGGGAACAAGGCCGCGCAACUCGGCAGCCAGGGGCGAUCUCUGAUUGACGAGGCUGCGCGACGGGUGGAGGAGUUGUUGUCUUUCAUCCAACAACGAGAACCGUACUCCGGAAGAUUGUUGCUGGAGGUCGUCCAGCUGUUUUCGCGGUUGGGGGGAAGGAAUCGCAAAAUUUUGCGGAUCACGCAGCAAGCGCUGCAGAAUUUCGUGGAGACAAGCGUACAAACGCAAAAAAAGGAAACCAGCGUGUACCUCACCGAGCUGGGUUUCCAGUACCUUCUGCUCGAGGACGUGCGAAACGCCGGAAACACGUUCAAUCAGGCGUGUCAGCGAAACGAGGCGGACCAUCGCGCGCUCUUGGGGCAGAUUCACUGCCGCAUCCUCGACGGUCACGUGGACGACGCCAGCGAACAACUGGAAUUUCUGAAGGAGACGCAGGUCUCGCUAAUGCCCGGGACCACCGCGCGAAGUAGCGUGUCGUCGUACUUGCAAGCGCUGGUGGCACGAAGGAAGAAGAAAACAACCGCGCUGCAGUUGCUAAACGAGGCUUUGUAUGGAUUGUAAAAAUGUCUGGGUCUGGAAGGUUGGAACUUGUAAUGCUAAUUUUCCAUACCUAGAAAAUCUGUAUUGCGUAGCCAACAAAAGUCGCAGCCUCUUUUGUCAUGCAAAAACGCACUUUCUCAUGCGGAUUGCCUAUGAGAAAGCGUUUUGGGAAGUUGUCGUGCCGGACUGCAUUCGGAAGGGUUUUCAUCAUGCACAUUUUAGCAUCACAAGUUUCCAGACCCAGACAUUUUUACAUUUGAUACUUUGACAGUGCAUAUUAGCGACUUUCGUGUCGCGAUCGGGUACGAGUUCUACUUGAAGCUCGAUGCCGACUACAUGUAUCGUGAGCAAGAACGUCCCCACCCCAGAGUUGUCAUGCAGAUUUGCAAUGACAGGAACAUUUGUAAUGCGCAUCUGCAUCAGUAUCAGAGGCAUUUCCAAUCGUGUUUUGGCAUUUGUAAUCCUGUAAACAGGAUAAGGAGAUGAGUUUGUCAUGCGACUGUCCUUCCUAACCUGCACUACACUACAAAGACGAACUUGUCAUGCAUGGCUUCCAAAACUCCUAGAUUUGUGCUGCAGAGUUCACAACCUGACAAUGGGGUGGGGACGUUUUUACUCAGGAUAACAUGCUCCAAAUCGCCAACGAAUACUUAGCGACGUACCACGACCACGCACCAGAACAAGAUGGUAAGUUGUCACUACUGAUGGUGAAGAUGCCAUAAUUGGUCACCAGAAUAAGGCCGCGGUCCGCAGGUCUUGUUAGCUGUGAGAAUAUUACGAAAAGCAAAAUGCUUGCUCGAACGCGUAUUUUUUGCAAGUCAAUGAGUUACUUGUAAAUUAUAUCAGCCAACUAGCAACCGCAUAUAAUCUUAAUCACAGGUGCAUCUUCUGCCUCCGCGCCGAAAAAGUCCUCGCAGUUGACCCGCGCCAUCCAGGUGUUGGAGACUCUGUCGAAGUUCUUGCCUGGGAAUUUGAAUGUGCAAACCAAUUUGGCCCGCGCGAAGCUGCUCAGCGGUUCCUACGAAGACGGCGUGCGACUGCUGGAAAAUUGCUUGGCCCUCGACCCGGCCCACGCGGAGGGGUACCUGCUGCUCGCACGGGCGCACUACGACGCCGGGGACGUACACGUGGCGCUCCGCAUCCUGGAACAGGGCGUGUCGCGGGAUUUCGGCAUAAGGAGUCACCCUCUAUACCACCUGGUCAAGGCGCAGAUGAUCCACGCAGAACGCGGUGACAACGCGAUCCAGGUACUCGAGGAGGCGCUCCGCAUCCCCGGGGUGCGAACCCUGGCGCGCGGGCAGGAGCAGAACACGCAGAUCACCGUGGAGGACCGGGUUAGGAUCUUCCUCCUACUCGUGCAGCUGUACGGCAAGGUGAACCGGGUAGCGGAGGCUAGCAAGCUUUUGCAGGAGGCGAGCAAGGAGUUCAAGGGCACGAAGGAGGAAGUGCGCAUCCUCGUGGCGCAGGCGGAGAUGUACUCGGAAACGAAAAACGACGUGGACAAGGCUUUGAGCCUGCUCGAGACGGCCGCGGCCACCAGCUCGGGAAGCAUGGCGAAAACGAUCAAGAAGGAACAGGCGAAGAUCUACCUGAACCACAAGAACGACAUAUCAAAAGGAAAAAUCCCCCCUUCCCAUAUCAAAACGGAAAUCUGUGAUGCAGAUUUGUUGUCACAAAUCAGCUUUGUCAUGCUACACGGGAAAAGAUGCGGACUGUAGUGCUGGGUGGCGUGGGGAAGCCUUGCAUCUUCAGCAUGAUAGGAGGCAGCUGAGAUUGGGAAACAGCAUGACAAAUUGCCUGCAAACGAGGCCACGACUGCGGCUCUUGGCCUUCUAGCAUGACGAGUCGAUUUGUGACCUCAAAUACAGCAUCACAAAUUUCGUUUGCGAUAUGGGGAGGGGGGAUUUUUCCUUUCGAUACGACACGAAGCGGUACGCCCAGUGCUACCGCGAAAUCCUGGAGCAAGACCCAGACAUAUGCUGUGCAAAAGGAUCGUACUCGUAUAAAUGCAAGGCUUGCAUUACAAAUCUUGUUCCCAAGGCAAAUCUGCAUUACAAAUUUCAUUUCUCAUGCUGAGGAAAUUUGUAAUGUAUUUAUACGAGUACGAUACUUUUGCACAGGAUAAGACAACGUCGACAACUAUUUGGCGCUGGGCGAGGCGUUGUUGGACAUCGGGGAGCCGCAAGAGGCUAUCGCGACUUUCGAGAAGGCGUUGUCUCUCGGGGACAAACGGGCUGACGCCACGGAGCUGAUUCGCAAAAUCGGCGCGGCACUGGUGCUGACGCACGACUACGAAACGGGUAUGAACUACUACGCCAAUGCGCUCAAGCGGGACCCGCAGGCCAUCGACCUGCGCCUAGAUUUGGCCAAGUUGCACAUGAAACUGGAAAAUUGGCAGCGCGCGGGGCAGGAGCUGGAAGAGGCGCUGCAACACGUUGGCGACGGGUCGGGCAACGCGCAAACGGUGCGGCAACUGCAACAGAAGAUCGAGUUGUUGCGGCAACUUGCGACCGUGCACUUGGAAUCCUCGCUGACCGCGUUUCAGCGCGGUAGCAACGCUAGCAGUUCGGACGGGGCACCCCCGGCACCACAGGCGGCCGAGCGGUUUCAGCACGCGCUGCAGUUGCAGAAAGAGGUGUUGGACCGGUUGCGAGCCGAGGACGACGAUCAGCGACUAGCGAGAAAUCGGGAGGUUUACGCGGACAUUGCUUUCCAACUUGCCGAAUACUACGACGCGCGGGAGCGGAAGCCCGACGAAGCGACGGAGUUCUAUUCCGAAUGCCUGCGCCACAAUGAGGCACACGAGAAGGCGUAAGUUUUCUUUGAAUUUGAUGUUUACCAUCUUAGUACUUUUUUUCGCUUCAAGCAAAUAUGUGGGCCUGUUUUGCAGGCUGAAACCCAAGGUUGCCUCUCAUGGCUGAACAUCAAACUCGGCAAUGAUUUUUUAUCUUUUCUUUGUACAAGAACCGAAACGUCACUGCUAUCUACAACAGCAUGCUCAAUUUGGCGAAGUUGAAGAUGGCGGAGGGCAACUACGAAGCCUGCGAACGGCAGUUGCUGGUGCUGCUCCGAUUGGAAUCUUCGUCGGAAGUGGCCAUCGAGGGCUCCACCCUAAUGGCCGAGCUUCUCAUGCUGCUAGCUGCGAACGGCGCGCGAAGCGAAGGUGGCGUCCAGGAGUACCGGGACGCCACCUACCACUACCGACAGCUCUUGGAGAAAAAACCAUGUAUUAUUAUCGUUCCGGCGGUUAAAACCGCUACCGCAGCAUCACCAGAGCGACUACAACACUUUUUCUUUUUUUCCUAUCAUGAAUUCCUCAGUUAUUUUAUACCAAAAGUAAACAAAACUAAAGGCGCUGAAUUCUACCGUCGCAAUCAAUAAGGUGACUGGCGCGCCUUGAGUCGGUUGGUUUACCUUCUGAAGCGCAGCGGUAAGUUGAAGGACUACGAAGGGUUUUUGAACAACGCCAAGCACCACCUGAAGAUGUACAAAGACCUAUCAAACGGAAAAAUCCCCCCUCCCAAUAUCGAAAUGGAAAUCUGUGAUGCAGAAUUUGAGGACACAAAUCGACUUGUCAUGCUAGAAGGCCAAGAGCCGCAGUCGUGGUCUCGUUUACAGGCAAUUUGUCAUGCUGUUUCCCACUCUCAGCUGCCUCCUAUCAUGCUGAAGAUGCAAGGCUCCCCCACGCCACCCAGCACUACAGUCCGCAUCUUUUCCCGUGUAGCAUGACACAGCUGAUUUGUGACAACAAAUCUGCAUCACAGAUUUCCGUUUUGAUAUGGGGAGGGUGGAUUUUUCCUUUUGAUAAGACCCGGAGCAGGAACCCGGUUUCCGGUACUGCCGCGGCAGGUACUACCGCUGCAUGAACCGGGCCUCGGAUGCCCUGGUGGACCUGAACUUUGCGCGCACGCGCGACGCCGAAUUUCGGCGGGAAGCGACGCUGGCCAUGAUCGACAUCUACCUCUACCCGGACCCCAACAAGCUGUCCCUGGACAGCCUGCAGGACCUGACGCAACACAGCGAACAGCACGCCCGGGAAGUGGAGCUGCUCAUCCACGAACUCCUGAAUCAGGAGGCGUCCUCCGUGCAGCGGAAUCCGGCACUGAUGGCGCGGCUGCGCGUGUACCAGGCCCAGAACGCGAUUUUCACGAAGAAAAAAACGGAGGUGGACCGCGGACUGCAGAUGCUCAUGGAGUUCUACAACGAGGACAAAAACUUCGUCCCCGGGGUUCUCGCGAUGGCGCAGGGCCUGAUUAUCAGCAAGCAGCUGACCAAAGCCCGCAACCAGCUGAAGCGCAUCGCGGAAAUCGCGAAGAAAUCCUACAAUCCCGAGUGGGCCGAGGACUUCGAGAAGGCCUGGCUUCUGCUCGCGGAUUUGUACAUAUCGCAGGGAAAAGUACUUACAUACAGUUGUUUGAGGACCUGUUUUUCGGGCUUGAUCCUGUUGCUUUUUUUGUUCGACACCUGCGCACGUUUUGGUUUCGUGGAAAGACUGGCAAAUUUCGUACAAAACACGGAGACUUCUAAUGAACACUAUCACAGUACGACCUGGCUGGGACCCUGUGUCAGCUUGCAUCCAUGCACAACCGCAGCAGUGGCAAGGCGUGGGAGUGCCUCGGGUUGAUUUGCGAAAAGGAGCAAGGGCACAAGGACGCAGCCACGCACUACGAAAAAGCGUGGGACUUGAGUGGUCAUAGCGCAAACGUAGGAUUUCGUUUGGCCUUCAACUACCUAAAGGCGAAGCGGACCGUGGAGUGUAUUCUGAUCUGCCAGCAGGUACUGACCGUCAAUCCCGCGUAUCCGAAAAUUCAGAAGGAGAUCCUGGACAAGGCGCGUGCACAGCUUCGUGCGUAGCGACAGUGGACGGGGGGAAGUUCGAACUUCCCGCUGCAGAUCCUCUCCAGCUUUUUGUGCGGUAGUUUUAUUUGAAAGCACAUCUAGCAGCAAAUUUAUCCCUAUCUCGUUUUUCUUCAAAGUGGCUAGUAUCUAUCUUCAAGAGCACCUUGCGAGUAAAAACUAAAUCAGCACAUCGAGAUCCGCCCCGCGUGGCACGAUCGAAAUAGCAUCAUCAGCG